AUGUUAGAGCAGGAUGAUCCUCCAAGCUUUUUGGCCGCUUAUUUUAACGAGCCAGAUCACAGUGGGCAUAAAUUUGGCCCUAAUUCACCAGAGAUUAAAAGUGUUAUUCGUAGAAUGGAUAAUGUCACUGGAUAUCUGUUUAAAAGUUUACGAAAUAGCGGAUUGUUGAAUGAGGUAAGAAUAACAAGUAAACGAUAACCACAAUGAUGCACAAACUGGAUGUGAUAAGUUAUGUUACGUUGUUAGGGAGCUCUAUUUUUCAGGGUGAGCAGCUAAUUAAGAUGUGAGACGAGAUAGUGCACAUCUGCACAUUACACGCUAAUGAGCUUGAGAAAGUAAUCAUAAUUAUCUCCUGGCACAAAAGCCAAUGGCAAAAAAAAACAAACCCACACUUAAGCUUAAGAGGCUAAUUUUAGGCUGAGGAAUACCUGUAGCAAGAAAUCUUACCUGAUGAGGAUGACAAAAUAUUUACCGCUGCUGGAGACGUGUGCACAAUGGCUUACUGAUAACUGCCGUUUGCACAAAACCACUGUGGAAGAGAAGCUAGUCAGUAGAGAAAAUAAAGUGUUUAAUUUGACUUUCCCUAAAUGUCUAAUGAUCAUUGUCUCCAGUGGUGAAUGCAAGGAACUCCAAAGGAAGUAAACGUUAAAAAAAAUAUUGCAAGAAGGGCAAGGGGUGUGCAAGAUGUUAAAGAUAGUCGUGAACUAAAUAUUUCUCUCCCCUGAAGUGUUUUGAUUGACCAUUCUGUGCGAAGUGAGUACAAGCACAAAACUUUUUUGCCAAUUACCGACCAAAUUUUGCAUUUGGACCCCACCCCACACCCCCUUCACCAUGCCCCUUAAGAGACCAAAAUAAUUCAAAAAUUUCAUAGCAAAUGUACCGAAGUACUAGGGUUCCCAAUCCUCACGUAACUACUUGAACUGAAGAAACAACCUGAGACACAACCUCUAGUUUUUACCCCUAAAUGUUUUUACAAAUAGUGAUCAUAAUUGUGAGAAAUAUUCAUUUUACAAUAACUGAGUGAUUUCUUGUGCGCUGAUUGGUGGAGAGCUUUGUUUGAUAAAUGUACAGACCAUGGAAAUGACGUGAUGGUGGCAAAAUUUGUUUCUCUCUGUCUUGUGUGCGUAACUUUUCAAGAAAUUUCAAAGGAAAUGGAUGUUAAAACUGUCAAUGUUAUUGUAAAAAAACAAAUCAACAACAAUUUAUUUUUCAUACUCUCCACUGUAAUGGACCAUGGAAAUGACAACAAAAUAUUCAAAACUUUGCAGUGAAACCACUCGCCUGCGGCUUGUUGUUGAUUUGUUAAUUAUAACUUCCCCAGGAGAGACGGUUUCGUCACAUCACAAAGACACCCUACCCCACCCCCCAGACUACUUCAAAAAAGCCUAACAACUCACCAGUAAGCAGAAUAGCAAGGCAACCUUAGCAACAUGAUGGACAGGAAGUUUCUGAUCUUCAUCCAAGUGGUAAGGAAGUCUGGUCAACCUUGCCUAUUCAGAAUUAUGGUCUGAAAAAUGCAAAUUUGCUCCAUUCAAAACAUAGAAAUUUUCCAUGAUUGAGCUGUAAAUACUGUCCCAAAAAAGCUCCCUAAUAAACCAAAUUACAUAUAUUUACCUGAUAAUUGCCGCACUUCUCUCACACUGCUAAAUGUUACCCGCCUAGGUCCUGUUAUAUAGUUAAGAUAAUGAGUGUAUUAAAGGAAGUGACCAAUAUUCAAAAUAAUUAUUUUUCACUUGAUAACCACUUAUAAAAUUACCUAAUUCUGUUACCUGAUUUUGCAAAGUAUUUGAAGUUGAUAGUAUGCCAUGCAUGUGAUUAAAAGUUAAAUUAAUUCACUUUAAAUUUAAGCAAUGACAAUGUUGCCCAAGGACCUGCAUUCAAAGAAGGCUUUGUUUCAGAACCAUUUAAAAAUGUGACUAUAUACUCUCUGAUGUGUCAUUUACUGGGCAUUGAACCAGCACCAAAAAAUGGCUCAUUACAAGCAGUGCAGCAUCUGCUAAAGGAACACAAACACAAUUAUACAGUGUUGAUAGUAGUCAGUGUAAUUUCUGUUUUAGUUCUUUUGUUAAUGAGUUAUGGUAUUGUCUCAUUUUGUGUCAAAAAUCAUUGUAGAAUAAGGCAGUAUGGGCAUAUAUAUGACUUAGGAACAUCAGAAUUGUUA